AUGCGUGAUAAAAUGAGGAAAUGGAGGGAAGAAAACUACCGAAACAGUGAACAGAUAGUAGAUGUUGGAGAAGAGUUAAUUAAUGAAUACGCAUCUAAACUUGGAGAUGACAUUUGGAUAAUAUAUGAACAGGUGAUGAUUGCUGCCCUGGACUGCAGUCGAGAUGAUUUGGCAAUGUUUUGUCUUCAGGAACUAAGGCGGCAGUUUCCUGGGAGCCACAGAGUGAAACGAUUAACUGGAAUGAGAUUUGAAGCUAUGGAAAGGUAUGAUGAUGCUAUCCAGUUAUAUGAUAGAAUUUUACAAGAAGAUUCAACGAACACAGCAGCAAGAAAGCGUAAGAUUGCCAUUCGAAAAGCCCAGGGGAAAAAUCUUGAGGCCAUCCGAGAGCUGAAUGAAUAUCUGGAACAAUUUGUUGGAGACCAAGAAGCUUGGCAUGAGCUUGCAGAACUUUACAUCAAUGAACAUGACUAUGCAAAGGCAGCCUUCUGCUUAGAGGAGCUUAUGAUGACUAAUCCACACAACCACUUAUACUGUCAGCAAUAUGCUGAAGUUAAAUACACUCAAGGGGGGCUUGAAAACCUUGAGCUAUCACGAAAAUAUUUUGCACAAGCACUGAAGCUUAACAACAGAAAUAUGAGAGCUUUGUUUGGACUUUACAUGUCUGCCAGCCAUAUUGCUUCCAAUCCAAAAGCAAGUGCAAAAAUGAAAAAAGAUAAUAUGAAAUAUGCCAGCUGGGCAGCUAACCAAAUAAACAGAGCAUACCAGUUUGCAGGUCGCAGUAAGAAAGAAACUAAAUACUCUUUGAAGGCAGUGGAAGACAUGUUGGAGACCCUGCAAAUAACUCAGUCUUAGGUUGGCGUAGAGAUCCAAUAUUAAAUUUUCCAAUUCCAUGAUCAACCUGUAAUGACCUAUGGGUUAGGUUACUUCAGUGCUGUUAAAAGUUAAUUUUGUAUUGAUUAACAUGCUAUUCAAAAUAAUGUUUUAUGAAAAAUAAAAUGUCUAUUUAUUGCUGCUAUGAAAAAUGUGAUAAAUACCCACUGAAAUGAAUAACUUAUCCACGAAGACAACGUAAAGAAAUGACAUGUGCUGCACAUCAGUCUCUUUAGAUUUUUCUAUCAACAGUACCUGCUUUUAAGCCAUAAUUUGUAGAAAUAAACUUGUUAAAUGAUUAAAAAA